AUGAAUGACGGUACACUCGUCUGGCCAUUCCUCGCCUCACCCUCUGCCCCAAAAACCCAUCAGUAUCAUCAACUGCUACUCACCAACAUCAGGAUGCAUUUUAUGAGGAGCUGGAGGAAGAAGUCUUCCUACAAUUUCGUUGUCGGAGACUUCAACGCAAAACUAGGAAAGGCCUCAGAAGAGGAAUACAGGAUUGGAAGAUGUGGACUAGAGGACCGGAAAGAAAAUGGCAAUCGUCUCGCCGGGCUGUUGUCCGCCGCUCGCCUCUCUCAUGGGAACUCUCUUUUCAUGAAAAAAGAUCAUCGUCGGUGGAAUGGGAAUCGCCCAAUGGCGCGACUCAUGCGGACAUCGACCACAUACUCACCAACCGGGGGUGGUGUCUACUUGACGUCGCAGUAG